CUUUUCGUCAUCACAUCCUCAUGUUGGUGCCUUAAAGUAAGAAUCAGGAAUCCUUGAAGGGAUGUCAGAAGAAGAAGAAGUUAAAGAUUUGCUUAACGAAGUUAAGGACGAUCUGGAAGCCGAUGACCCAGAAUUGGAAGCUAUGAAGAGAAGAGUCAAUGAAAUGAUGUCAGAACAUAAAAAACUACAGGAAUUGCAGGCUCAACUCGAGAAACAACUGAAUCAUGGUUCUCCUGGAGAUAAGGAAGCCCGAGAUUUGCGCUCGGUUUACGUCGGCAAUGUGGAUUAUUCUACUACCCCGGAGGAGUUACAGCAACACUUUCGAUCUGCUGGCAGUAUUAAUAAAAUAACUAUAAUGCGGGAUUCCUACACCGGCCAUCCCAAGGGUUUCGCCUACAUUGAAUUUUCUGAUCCGGAAAUGGUGCCCAAUGCACUUGUGAUGGACGACUCUCCCUUUAAAGGGCGCGUGUUAAAAGUUCUUCCUAAGCGAACUAAUAUUCCUGGUCUCAAGUUAAGAGGGCGCUACAGAGGAAGGGCUCGACCUUAUAGGCCUUAUUAUUAUAGGCCACGCCCUCGUUUCCGGAAUCUUUCACUAUAAUUCACUUUUUUGGAAGUCGCUCUAUAUAUGGCUUUUUUUUUGUUUCCCGCUUUCUUGUUAUAUUAUUU